CGUGGCAUGGAAAACAACAAUAAAAUAAAAAACUAGGAAACUAGUUUAUUUCAUUCAAGAAGUUGAUUAAAUGAUUGGUCUGGGUUUCAUGCAUGGUGUCUGUGUGGGCGCGGGUCUCCCAUCAUGCUCUAGGCAGCCAAAACUUGUUGCAAGGGUGAGAAUCAAAUGCUCUACCAAAGUUGAAGUUUCUAGCUGCAGGCAACAAUUACUGGAAAAUGUAGACAAGGAACUAAUCAAAGGAGAUGAGAGAGCUGCUCUUGUACUCGUCAAGGAUUUACAAGGCAAUCCCAACUGGCUUCGCUGUUUCGGCGCAGCUAGGCAGGUUCCUCAAAGGCUUUACACAUUGGAUGAGUUAAAGUUAAAUGGAAUAGAAACUGCGUCUCUUCUAUCACCGGUGGAUACAACUCUUGGUUCCAUUGAGAGAAACUUGCUUAUUGCAUCUAUUCUUGGAGCUUUUGCUGCUUGGAAUGUCCUUGGAAUUUCCCAACAACAAAUCUUCUAUAUAUCAUUGGGAUUGCUGUUUCUCUGGACUUUUGACUUGGUUUCUUUUGGUGGAGGUCUUGGUAGCUUGGUUGUUGAUACAAUUGGUCAUAACUUCAGUCAGAAAUACCAUAACAGAGUUAUUCAACAUGAAGCUGGUCAUUUUUUAAUUGCUUAUCUACUUGGAAUACUUCCUAAAGGAUAUUCAGUUUCUAGUUUGGACGCUUUGAAGAAGGAGGGUUCUCUCAAUAUUCAAGCAGGCACGGCGUUUGUGGAUUUCGAGUUUGUUGAAGAAGUUAAUGCGGGGAAAGUAUCAGCUACCACAUUGAACAAGUUUUCAUGUAUAGCUCUGGCCGGGGUAUGCACCGAGUAUCUUAUAUACGGAUUUGCUGAAGGAGGUCUAGAUGACAUAAGAAAGUUAGAUUCUUUGCUCAACGGGCUAGGCUUCACGCAGAAGAAGGCGGAUUCUCAGGUUAGAUGGUCUGUGCUAAACACGGUCUUACUCUUGCGUCGACAUGAAGUAGCUCGAGCUAAGCUUGCUGAGGCGAUGUCUGCGGGAAGAUCGGUAGGAUCCUGCAUUGAUGUUAUAGAGAAUUCUAUCGAUGUUUCGGAUCUAUAACUGAAGGUUCUGGAACCCGUCAGACAGUUUCCUUCACCCUCUCUAUAUUGUGCUCUCCUCUCGUAGCUUAUUGAUUCGAAAAACUUCCAUUUGGUUUUAGGCUGCUAAAAUCUUCUGCAAGAGGAAUCUGAAUAGCUUUUGUUACUGCAGAAUGCAGUAAAUAAGUGCAGUCUUUUAUGAUGUAACCCUGCUAAGUAGGCUUAGUUUUCAUGGAUAUAAGUAAGCUUGUAUAUAUAUGAGGUAUGCUUAAACAACUCAUUAUUGUUAACAUUUUUAAACACAUAUAUGGUUAUGCGUUAGAAAGAGCUUGACUAUUGA